UCCUCUUUGAAAAUAUUGCAAGUUUGGGAGAGAGGCGGGCGCUGAGGUGUGUGAGUGAGGGGCGCUGCGCUCUGUUGGUGCCCAGGACAUUUAUUAGUCUGGUCUGUUUGUGCUCGGCGGCUGCUGGUCUGAGGGAGGCGUACAGCAGCAAAUCCCAAGGGGGCGCUCAGACAGGGGACAGUGCUACUGUGAAGUGAAGCCCUUAUUAGGAGAGUAAAGUUGGACGGUGGGAAGAAGGCUGUGCCCUGCAUGUACCGAGCCUGCUGUGGAUGCGGGUCCCACUGUCUGGGUGCUCACCCUGCACAUGAUACUCAGCCCCGCUGGGGACCUAUAAAGGAUGAAGCUACCCUCCGGGGUGUCCGUGCGUGUUACUGCCGGGGUGUGUGGGUGCUGCUGAGGGCUGUGUGGGUUGCCUCUGUGCCAUGCUGGGCACAACCCUAGGCUGGCACUAGCACAGGAACAUGGGCACAGGGAUGUGCAGCAGGAGGCAGAAGAGUCUGCUCCAUACAGGCUUCUGUGUGCUAUUAGUGCUGGCCUUGGCCACCGGCAUCUUCCUAUACAAUCAUAUCGUACAGAAAGCCAAGAGCUCCGAAGCCCUGGCCCUGAGAAACAAGCAGCAGCAGGAGGCUCUGUCUGCCCAGCUACAAGUGGUCUAUGAACACCGCUCAAGGCUAGAACGUUCUUUGCAGAAAGAAAGGAGUGAACAUAAGAAGACAAAAGAAGAUUUUUUAGUCUAUAAACUGGAAGCACAGGAGGCUCUGAACAAGGAGAAGCAAGAUUCCAUGAAUCGCUAUGGGGCUCUCAGCUCACAACACCAGAUUCUCAAGAACCAACACGAUGACCUUAAGAAGCAACUCUCAGAUCUGCAAAAUGAGCACAGCAUUCUAAAGCUGGAACAUCGGAAAACAUUAGAGACCCACAGUCAGAGACUUUCUCAGCUGCAGAGGGACAAGGAGAAAGAGAUGCUUGGCCUGCAAGAUACAAUACUUAAGCUACGUGAAGAAAGCAAGCUCCUAAGGAAGGCUCACAAUGAUGUCCACACGCAGCUUCGCAAUGCACAGACACAGAUGGAUGAAUUCCGGCAGCUUAAGGAUGCAUUGAAGAAAAUGCCAAGUUUUAAGAACUCCGUUCCUGAAACUGAAAACCUGCAGGUGCCAUCUAAUAAGCAGGUUUCUCACUUGAGUGAAGCACAGAAACCCCAGCAAAAUUAUAGGAUAAUGCCUGAUGGGCCAGUACCUGGAGCAGAAAUUAAGAAGGUUUCACGUGGGCCAGUUCACAUACAACAGGACAGUGCAUUCUUUCAAAAUCAAAGCCCCUCAGAAGGGGUAACCACUCAUGGGUCAUGGACACGGAAUGAGAGCGUCAGCCAUGUAGUACGAUUUGCCAGGACAGUAAACAGCCUGCAGAGUCUCAAGAAGGAUGCAAACCAACAAGUGAAGGCUAAAGUGAGGCAAGACACAGUUCCAGAGAUUGAAAUUAUUAGUGAUUUGCCAGCUGUCCCGGGCAGAGAGAGGCUUACAGUGAAGGUUGCCACUGCCAAGGAACAGGUUCCAAUUCAGAGCUGGCAAGCCAUUGUUAACAAGGUAAAUGCCAGGAUGACGGAAAAAGACAUCAGAUUUGGUGCAAGUGAAGCUGCUGCCAAGCAGGAGAUCGGUUAUGCCAAGUUACCUGUGGAUAAAUGGGACAAAGAGGCGGCACUUCCACCCAGCUACAAAAAGCCAGAUAAUAACGAAGAACUGGAAAUGGAUGCUGGGAUGAUUGACAGAGAAGAAAACCUGCAGUCUCGGAAGCAGCACGUCGCACAGGAGCCACUGGUUCCAGAUGAUGCUGCUGAUCCAGCCAAAGAUCCCAACAAUCAGGGGGAAGAUGAGUUUGAGGAGGCAGAAGUUGUUAGGCCUGAGUUUGAUCAUAAAGCAGCUGCUGCAAAGCAACCAGUUCAGCCCCUGGCAGCAAAGGUGGCACAUGAAGCUGAGAGAUCCAGAGAAGAACCAGAAGACCACUACCAGGAUGACCAGGAACAAGACCUUGAGGAACAUGGAGGUGAGCUUGACAAUGCGGACGACUUGGAUGAAGAUCACAAAAGGGCAGAUAUCCAGGAUAUAAAAAGCAAGAGAGAUGACUAUUACUGACUUGCCUUCUAAACUCCAGCUCUGAAAUAGAGAGCAGAAGGAUAGAGUGGCCCUUAGGGCAGUGCUCUAUGUUAUUCCAUGCACUGUGUAGAGCACACUCGGGAUGCUGCAGUACAGAAUGCUGCUCCUAGGGACAGGGGCCUGACACUCUCUGCAAGCACAGAGCUGGACUGUGGCCAGACUGCUUACAGAGCGAUGGUUCUUUAUUAACACAUGUGCUUUCACUUUGUUUCUCACCAUGGAGAGAAUGUAUAAAUCUCUUAUCCCUGCAGGCAGUCUUGCUGUGUUCAACUCGUGCCUGCAUAUUUUUCUAGGGAUGUCAAGACCAGCAAAGCCAUUAUUGCAAAAACCAACCUUUAAGUGUUCAAUGUUGUUUGUCUGUUCUUAAUUAUUCACCAAUACAAAUCAUUUUCAACAUUGUAAA